AUCCGAUGUUAUUUGUGAAACAGAGUUGACCAAAGCAGACGGAACCAGUGUUUACUGAGCCUUGACAAAAUGUCGACAAAUAUCCUCUUGAUAUUCGCGUUGUUAUCUACCAUCAGCGUUGUAUUAGCGAAUGUCGCUAAUUUUAAAAAAUGUGACGAAGUUAGCAUGUGUGAUAUAAGCGAAGUUCGCAUCGAGCCGUGCAGCAAUCCGAAAAAAUGUUUGCUCAAAAAGGGAGCGACGUCUACUAUAUCUAUUGACUUCACACCCAAAUUUUCGAGCGACAAGAUGUUGACUGGUCUGUUUUGGGCAAGUGACGCAGGAGAUGUUCCGUUCCCAGACCUUGAAGAGGCGGACGCUUGUAAAUUCACUUCCUGUCCGCUGGAGGCUGAGAAGCAAAAUCGACUCGAUUACAGUCUUGUAUUGGGCAAGAAACUACCUAAUGGUAUUUUUGAGAUUAAAUGGAAGAUAUGGAACAAAGACAAUGCACCAGAAAACUGCUGUUUCAUAGCCAAAAUAGAACUUAGAAAAUAACGAGUGUGUUAAAAUAAAUACUGUGUUUAUUAAAAUAAACGUUUAAAUAUAUCA